AUUAUUUUUCGUCUGCAUCCGGUCGGACAUCCAUAUGGUAUUAAACGUUUACAUGUACAGAAAAUGAGCCUCCUUCAGCAAUAUCAAGAAGCAGCAACAUGGUUGGCAUCUGCAGCCGAGGAGUGCCAGAAGACCAGUAAUGUGGACUUGCAGCAUCUUAUCAGCAGCUGUGAGAACUGUAGACUGUUGGUAGGAAGAGCCAAGGAGAUGGACACAAACACAGUUAGACAGGCUGCCUUGCAGCAACUAGACAUCACCUUGACUGACCAUCUUGAGAUACUGAGGGCUAAGAAGGCUCAAAUAGAUGCUGGAGGAGGAGCAACCAGCAACAAGAGGAAACAGCAGGCAAAUGAAAAAGAUGCUAGAACCACCAGUUCAGACACCCAUUCCCAGAGCCGGACACUUGCCAUAGAGGAUACCAUCGUUAGGAAGGGAACAGUGAGCUUCAGUGAUGUGGCUGGUCUAACACAAGCUAAACAGAUCUUAAGAGAGGCUAUUGUCAUGCCUGUACAGUUCCCUCAUUUGUUUACAGGUGCCAGGAAACCAUGGAAACGCAUUCUUCUCUACGGCCCACCCGGUACCGGCAAGUCACGUCUUGCUCAGGCUGUGUCAGCAGAAAUCAACUCCACGUUUUAUUGUGUGUCCAGCUCUGAUCUUGUCUCAAGCUGGGUCGGGGAAAGUGAAAAAUUGAUCAAAGAGCUUUUUGUGCAUGCUACUCAACAAGAGGGAAGAUCUGUCAUUUUCAUUGAUGAGAUUGACAGCAUUUGUCGCAUCCGUAGUUCCCGUGAGGAGGAGCACACGAGACGCAUUAAGACGGAGCUUCUACGGCAGAUGGAGAGUGCUGAUAACGGCCAGGAAUCAGAGCAGCUCUUCCUACUGUGUGCAACCAAUAGACCAUGGGAGCUGGAUACAGCAUUCCUACGACGCUUCCAGAAACGAGUCUAUGUACCCCUACCAGACAGGGAGGCCCGUAUUGCAAUCCUGAAGAUCCACACGUCUUGUAACCUGACUCUUACUGACUCGGACAUACAGGCAUUUGCUGAUCAUACUGAGGGAUACUCUGGGAGUGACCUAUCUAAUGUCAUCUUGACUGCCCUCUUUGAGCCUAUCAGGGACAUCCAGACUGCAACCCAUUGGGAUAAGGGAACUGAUGGCAAGUACACACCAUGUGACAAGGAUACCCCAGGCUGCAUCAAAUCAACAAUGAGUGAGCUGCCAUCGGAGAGAGUCAAGCCCCGAGAUGUCAGCCUAGGGGAUUUCAUCUUAGCAUUACAGUCUUGUCACCGGACUGUCACAGCAGAUGAACUCAAACACUUCAAAGACUUCACCAACAAUUUUGGACAAACAGGCUGAGUCUACAGGGAGUUCCCAGACAGUGAUUGUAUGUAUGCAGAUAGGGGAUUUCCCUAUUUCUAAUAGUGGAGCCUGUUUGUAUGGAUUUAAAAACUAUAAUUAGUAAAAUGUUAAAUAUGUCCAUGGACAUGUUUCUUUUUUUAUCAUUUACAAAUGUAUAUUUAUCAAGGGCAUCUUAAAUAGAUCUUUGUGCAUAAAAAUUAUGACAUUUUCAAUAUUUCAAUAUGUCCUAUCAUUUUCACUAUUACAGUUAAAUUUCAAUUUAUAUCAAUUUGCAUUUGUGUUUUUUUAUUUGUUCAAUUAUAUGUUAUGCCAUGGAUGUCUUGCAAGAGACUUGUAAAAACCAUGUUGAUGCAGAAACCUCAGCAAACUGUUAACAAGAGCGAAAUUCAGGCUUCAUUCAAGAGAUUCAGGCUUCAGCAACACAAAGAAAGUUAAAUAGUUUUACCUAUUGUGUUCAUGUGAUUUCUGACUUACAUGUUCUAAAAGAAUUCACUUUUGAAUAAAACAUUGACCAAAAACAUUGGCCCACGUUUAGUUGUGUAAUAAGUA